UUAGUCAUAACCUAGUAUUUCUCGUUACACUUGAAGGAAAACAUCAAUGGAUUGCUUGGUUUUGCCUGUUUCAAUCUUGAGAAGGCGAUACUCGGGUUCACGGCUAGGCUACCGGCCUCUGACGGAGGAGUUGGACAGGCAGGUGACGGUGGUGGUGGGGAAGGAAAAGAGGGAGUUUCUGGUGGACCCUUUAGUGUUAGAAGAGAGCCCAUUCCGGCUCUUGAUCGACACGAUGAAGAAGGAUGUUGGGAAUGUUGGUGGAGCAAAUGGGAAGAAAAAAAAGGUGAUCUUUGUGGAUGUGGACGCCAUGCUGUUUGAACAUAUGCUGUGGUUGAUGUACAAUGAUUGUUCCUCUUUGUUCCAGUUAAAUCUCGAAGAGAUAAUCGACUUCUAUGCUCAGGAUAUAUAGUUAGGAGGAAAUUAAGUUACCCAUAAUUGUUGCUGCUAAUUUCAAACUCUAAUUCUCUGUAUAUGUAACACAAUGUUACAUAAAUCCUUCUAUAUAUUCUUCUUCUUCUCCUUCUUCUUCUUCAUUACUUUAGAUAUGUCUUUUCCACUGUUUCAUGGCUGCUGUCCUCCUUUGUAAAAAAAAAAAGUUUUUUGGUUUCGUACCAAUAAUUGAUAUCAAAACAUUGAAACAGUCUUGAAAUGCACUACAAUAAUACUAUUUGUUUACA